AUGGAUCCAAGAUCUCCAACACCACGAUCCAUAUCCAUUUGGCGCGGCGGCUGGGGUUUCGAGGCUCCUCUGGCGGCUGCUUCUCCGCGGACAGGGCUCGAUCGCGCAAGUGUUGGAGCCUUUCGCGAGCAGCUGAGCUUCGUGGAGAAGGUGUUGCUCACUCGAGCCGAUCUCUUCAACACGCUGGCUCCUGGAUCGAUCAAGUCAUCUUCUAGCGGCCGCUGGAUCCUGGAGCUCUCUCUUUUGGACAGCUCCUUUCUAGCCACUGUGGGUCUUUUACGGGAGCAAGCGUAUAGUGGCCGAAGCUCUUCUCCACCACUGUCAACUUCCAGACGAAGAAGUAAAAGCCCUUCGAGAGGAUUUGCUAUUGCUUAGACUCUA